AUGGUGUGUACUAUUUUGGAGUGUAUGCCUGCAAACCAUAUUGCUGUUCGCACUGCCAGUGUUUCACCUACCCCUACGCAUGCCAUCCCCUGGACCAUCAUCAGAACCAUCACCACCACUCGGCCAGCACUGCAGCCACCACUCCAUGUAUCCCUGCUGCUCCCUCAACUCGCAUUCCCACCACCACCACUUGGGGCAGUAAUGACACUGAACAUAGCAGGACCGCGUAUGGUACAUAUACCCCUUAUAUCGGCUCCUAAGCCAACCACACAUCCUUCCUUAGCCACUGCCCCCACUCCAGAUUCUGUUGCAGAUCCUUCUCGUAUGCUAAGCACUCUGAAAAACGCUACCCGCAGGCCUCCUAUGAAGUUCAUAUUGGGGCUGAAUGCUCGUAGUAGAGCUGCAGGAGAGAGCGGCGAUAUGGAUCUUUUCAUGAGAAGAAUAAAGGAAAGGAUCGCUGUGUACAAUGCAUAUGAGGAUUGUUGGCAUUCGGGGUUUAGAGCCCCUCUCCUAAAAAUGUGA